UGAGGCGGCCGCGGCGGGCCAGCGGCGGAGCCGUGUAGCGGAGAAGCGCUCUCCCCUCCCUGCUUCCUUGGGGCACGCCGGGGGCGCGCGCGCGCGAGGCCGUCCGGAGCGGGCUCCCCACCCCUCGACUCCCGCGACCCGCGCCGCACCCGCACCGGGCCUGGAGGAUGAUGAAGCUCAAGUCGAACCAGACCCGCACCUAUGAUGGCGACGGCUACAAGAAGCGGGCCGCGUGCCUGUGUUUCCGCAGUGAGAGCGAGGAGGAGGUGCUGCUCGUGAGCAGUAGUCGCCACCCAGACCGAUGGAUUGUCCCUGGAGGAGGCAUGGAGCCCGAGGAGGAGCCCAGCGUGGCAGCUGUCCGCGAAGUCUGUGAGGAGGCUGGAGUAAAAGGGACAUUGGGAAGAUUAGUUGGAAUAUUUGAGAACCAGGAGAGGAAGCACAGGACAUACGUGUACGUGCUCAUUGUCACAGAAGUGCUGGAAGACUGGGAGGACUCGGUGAACAUUGGAAGGAAAAGGGAGUGGUUUAAAAUAGAAGAGGCCAUAAAAGUGCUGCAGUGUCACAAACCCGUGCAGGCGUCGUACUUCGAAGCGCUGCGGCAAGGCUACUCCGCCAACAACGGCACCCCGGUCGUGGCCACCGCCUACUCGGUUUCUCCUCAGAGCUCCAUGUCGGGCAUCAGAUGACUGAAGACUCCGCGAGCCGUGGAGCGGGCACCCAGACUGCAGCUCGGCCCUCUCCCCGGCCCCCAGCCGCCGCCUCCUCCCCCUCCGCGCGGCAGCGGGCGCAGAGCAGGGCGCGCAGUGACUUCCCGUGUGGUGUUCGUGAUGGGGCUUUUUCUUCUUUCCGUGGCGGGUGGGGGCUGGGUGUGUGUCUGUAAGUACUUCCGUGCAUGAUCUGUCCCCCUUUUCACACUGCACCCCCUGAGAGAGGCAGACAUCUUUCCCCCGGUUCUCAAGCGUCCCUGUUUGUCUCGCCCAGCCCCGGCCAGAUAUUUUCUUUGAUUUUUAAAAAACUUUUUUUUAUUAAAAGAUACCAGUGUGAGAUGAACUUGUCCUAUAAUGUGCCGUUCAGUCCAGUAGGUUGGGCACUUUGACUGCAGGGGACAUUUAUCUACACAUUAUAUACUGCACAUAUAAUAUGUAAAUAAAUGACUUAGAAGAAUCUCACCGUUCAGUACGUCAGGGUUUUUCAUUUUUGAUUCGGGGUGUUUCUGGUCUGGAGACCCUUUAGUUAACCUCCAUAUUUGUUUUCGACGCCAGCGGCCAGGCCGGGUCCCGUGCCCUGCAUGUAACCCCGUGAGGGCAGUGCUUGCACAGGGCGACUCCCGCGCUCCCGGGACCCACUGCCUGCUCGGGAAGCAGUCUCCAAGCCAGGAGAGAAACAGGAAGAACCUCUUCUCCUUAUUACCGAGCCAGGAGCAGGGGCCUCAGCCCAGACCCAGCGAGACAGUGAUGGAAACUGAAUUCUGCCUUCCAUGUGCACAGUGGGGUCAGAACUGGAUUCUUGGGAUUACCGCAGAAACUGGAGUGCAGCACACUGUCCCUGCCCUGCAGGGUUGGAAUCGUCCAUAACGCUACUCUUGCGGCCCUGCCUCUCGCGGCCAGCGCUCUACCACGUGUGCCUGGCGCACGCAGAGCCGGUGCCGCCUCGCUUGGACUCGCCCGUUGUCUCUGGCGAGCGUAGUUCUGCGCAGUCGGCGCUGUGCUGGGUGACCUGGCUCGGUCCGGAGAAGUCCUGGGACAGAGGCGGCUGUACCUGUCCUUGCAGUGUUGUGCCACUUGUGAUUGCAGCCCGGGGCACACUCAGAAACGGUCACCUCUGUCCUCCAGGCUGCGAAGGCGCAGGCUAUGCCGAGCAGCGCCGGGGGGCCGUGCAGUCAUGGACGCCGGGCCACUCGUGCUUGGGCUCGCUGAGGUCUUGUUGCAACACGGGUGCGAUGAUGCAGCUUUCGUGGUCGUGGUGACUGGGUGUGUUGGGUGGGGAAGCAGGAGGGAUUGGGGCGGCCUGGAGGGGCGGCGGGCAGGGGGCUGAGCCCUAGCUCGGGAUGGGAGGUUGUUGCUCUUCUCUUAGCGACACCUCCUCUGUCAGACACAGCCAAGAUGUAAAGUUAAAAUCGCAGCGCUGUUUAAAGAUUGUAAGAAGUACUCAAACUUUAAAAAGCUUUUGCUUUUCCCUCCCUCCAAGAGAAACGCAUCUGGUAGCCCUGGGUCGUGUAGUGUUCAGUGUUUUUAGGGACAGCACCAGGAGAACUUCCAGUUUUGCUCUGUGCUCUGCAUUCUCUGUCCCAACCAUAAACCCAGAGGCAGAGCUGUGCCCGCGGUGUCCCCGAGGGAGCGCAGCCCCGGGAUCCGAGUGCUGGCCGGCUCGCCGUCCGCGUGUCCUGCUGCCGUGAACGCACUGCUUGGGCUGCAUUCUGACGUUCUGUCCAAGUAAAGGGGAGAUAAAGUAAAUUUAACUUCUGUGUAGAAUCAAAAACGUGCAACUUCCAAAUAAUUCUCUGUGUGUGGUGUGGCUUGAAAGUGCUUCGCAGAAGUCAGUGGUGCAGAGGAGCGGCGCUGGCAGCCGUCCUGUGCGUGUCUCCGCGGUCUGAGGGUGUGCUGGGUGUGCGGUGGUGCACCGCCGAGUCCUCUUGUGAUUGUGGUGGGAGUCUUCGGGGGGAGAGGGUGAGCUGCGCUGAGAAAACCUCCCAGGUGUGAGUGGCCCUGCUAAGGCGCUCGGCCAGCCGGGAGCGCUGGGCCCUCUGCGCCGCACAAGGCGGCUUUGUCCAGCCCGGCUCUGUGGGAGCCAGCGCCUUUGCUGCACCGAUGCUCAUGAGCCGGCGCGGGGUUUUUCCGCUCUGGCACCGGCGGUGCCCUGGCCAUUUUUAUGGAUGUGUGGUUGGAGUCCUUUUGGGAUAGAGCGGUUGGACCCAUGGUUACAGUGCCCUUUAUCUCUCCAAGAAAGCAGAGUACAGAGACUCCCUGGCAGUGAGUUGCGGUGACUUCGCCCCGGCAUGGGCCUGGGGAAGCGGCUCCUGGGGUGGCCCAAAACCUGGCCCUGGCCGCCAGCCAGUUUGCCCGCCCCAGCCUCUGCGCUGCUGAGUCUCCGGCGGAGUCCGCCGUGCUCUGGGCAGAGGACGAUGGCAGCAGGGGUUUUUCUUAUUUUUUUUUUUUCUAGUUCAUAAAUUACAGCCUUUGGGGAAAUGCCAGUGAGGUCAUGUGAUCUUUUCAGACCAGGACCUAAUGUGUGUCUGUGUGUGUGAGAGAGAGAGAGACAGACGGGAAAGGAGAGAGAGGAAGAUGACUACGGGUCAACCAUAUUAGGUGCUCUGUAGCCGCAUUAGUUCUCAUAGCAAGAAGAACAGGCCGGAACAGCUCAUGAAUCAGCUGCGUCUUGUUUUUUCCAAGAGUCCAGCGCUGCGCUGCUUGACCUGCAGGGACAGGGCUCCCUCGCUGCUGAGCCAUCGGCGGGCUCCAAGGGGCACGGGCUUCACUCCUGUGAGGUCCCAGGGUGGAGGCGCUGCAGGAUGCCGCCUGGGCCUUGCGCUGCGAAGCCCUGGAACCGGCCACUGCCUGGGCCUGGGAGGGGCAGAGGGCAUUGCUCUCAGGGCGUUCACAAUAGUUUUAUAAAUGUGUUGCUACACGGGCAACUUCCUUCACAGCCAAGAAAUACUUGCUGUUUUGGUGUUGAAGACAUCGUGCAGUCUCUUAGGCUUACCUGGAAGAAUGAGGUCACCAAGUUCUGUGCAGAACUGCCCCCUUCCCAGGGCCCAGCUCUCCUCCUCUCCUCCUGUGCUGCGUCUCCCGCGGCCGCCCGCGGCGCGUUCCCCGCUGUGCUCCGCACCGGCCCGCCUGCCCCAGUGCCGCACUAACCCUCUGCUGGGACCCCCUUGGCCUGUCUUUAAAACCCUCAGCCCAGGCCACCUCGCUCUGGUGUGAAAGAGCUUAUCACAGAGGAUUUAUGAAUCACAACGUGAUUGGGUUUUUUCCACAGUGUGACUUGCCACUGCAGUAUGAUUUUCAUAUUUCUGAAGUGGGGUUCAAGUCCGUCCAAGUUGAGAUGAGGUUUAGAAGGGGGACAUACGUGGACAAGUCACUUCAGUAGCAUUGUUUUUCUGUUCUACAAGAAAUGCAUGUUGGCCGCCGUUGCUUGGGAGUCCUGUUGGCGGGAGCCCUUCUCCUGGGGGCCGCAGGGCCGUCCCCGUCCCGUCGGCGGCUCUGCCUUGCCCCGCCACAUCACCACCUUCGUAGCGGGUGGGUCACUGCACUCCUAGGUAGGCUUCCUGAGGCAGCCUCACCGUCCAUGUCACCUGAGGUGUCGCCUAAAGCGCUGAGACACUGGAGACUUUGAGGUAAAAAUAGUGAGUUGGGGACCACUGAUUGCAGUCCUUGAAAGCUAGCGGUGGUCCGUACACUGGGCUGCAGGCAGACCCCCAUAAAAGCCAGCAGUCUGACUCCUGCUUCUGACAGGGCAGCCGCACACUGGGCCCUGUGUUCACACUGGCCCCGAAACUCGUAGUCAGCCGGUAGCGUGCGGGGAUGUGAGAAGCCUAACCUGGCCAUCUGGGGAAACGGUGCCGCUCACCUUCAGAGUCAUCAUAUCCCCUAGAGACCGGGAAGUGAAAGAGCAGGCUGAUUUGUGGUGCCUUUGGCACGCGGAGGCCCGCAGUCACGUGGUUCGUGUCUCUCUGACACUAAGCUUUUGAAGUCAGAGUCACUUCUCAGGCUUUACUUACAGUGAUAAUUUGGAGAACUCGAGUUGGUCUAGAAAGUGAGACUGCGCCCUUGGGAGCCAUCGCCGGGGAGGGGAGAGCCACAUGGGCUCGGAGCACGGCGGGCCAGGGGCUCUGGAGCCGAGCAGACGCUGUGGCUGGACAGGGAGGGUCAGUUUCUAGAAGAGGGAGAGACCUCUGCGUCCAUCUCCAAGCGGCCAGUUGUUCAGUCACUCCAUGUUUUCUUGGGUGUACGUUCCCAGUUUUGAUCCCCAAAAGUUACUUGGCUUCCUGCCGGGCAACACCAGAAAAGACAGCGUUGUCCUCUCACCAGGUCUGUCACCGUGCCGCCCUGCUCGCCCCUCCACUCCGCUCCCCGAGGCCAAGCGCGGAGAGCCAGCCACCCUGAGGCGGAAGAUGCCCGUUCCGGGCUAGCAUUGCUGCCGAGCUGCUCUCUGUCCUGGGAGCCAGGCUUGAGUAAUAGCCCACUCAGGGAUUUGGAAAGAGCUUUGCAGCCCUUGGGAAGCAAGCACGGUGCCUCUGGGCCAGUGCUGGGCCCAGACUGGCCCUCUGCUGCGGCAGGCGGGUCCCCGGGCCGUGGCUUCCCCGUGAGUGGACUGUGAAUCCCACCGGAAGCAGUCCUGCCCUGGGCCUCUUUGGCCACCUCUCGUCCCCUGAGAGGAAGCUUUCCAGCGCUGAGCUCUAAUCUCUAACUUAGCGCCCUUCGUCACGGAAAGUGUGUUACUAAUAAACCACCCAAAGCGUGUCUAGUUUUGGUCCCUCGGUGUAACACACAUGACUUGUACUGGGGAAGGCCCAGACUGGUUCCCGGGACCCAGGAAGGGGCAGGACACAAGGGCCGCCAGGUAGCAGGUCUGAAGUUCAGGCCUGGCGGGCUUGCAGGGUGCUCAGUGUCGCGGGGACCUGAGGUCUUUCUGGGGGAGCCCACAGCGUGCAACCUUCGGGGAUGUGCUGAAGUCAGGGGAACAGCAGACACCCCAACCCUAGCUUGCAGCUGGAAACCUUCGUGCUGUGGCCGAGGGGGUUUCGCCCAGAAUGUUCGCGCGCGGCCGAGCCCUCCGCGCCUCCGGCUUGCUAGCUUGCCGCAGCAUUUCGCUUCGCCUCUGAGCGCUCGGCCUUUCACAUCUGUGUGAGCACAUGCAGGCGCGUUGCUCCGGGACAGACGCGUGAGGAGCCCGGGCCACACAGAGCCUCCUGGUUAGAAGAGGAUGCGGGCCGCGUGUCACGAAAGCGGCACGGGCACAGCUCCGUAUACGCCAGGCCUGUUCUGCUGCGCCCUGGUCGGAAGGCCUGCAGACCGCCUCCCACGAGAAGGGGGCUGAGCGAGUGCGUCCGUCAGAACAGCGGCAGCCCGUGGGCCUCUGCUUAGCUGCGGAAGUGAGGCUGCUCGGGCUGUGGGGAGCUGGAAUGGGAAGGCUCAGGGCCUGCCGGCCGCUCAGUCGCAUCACGGGCAGCCCUGUGCCCGGGGGGCCGCAAAGCCUUUGUUUAGGACCUGCCUUGCACUCUGCUGGUGCAGGGCGGGCAGCCUUGGGCUGGGGGAGGGCUGUCCUCCCCGGUCACCUCCCUCUGCUCGUCCCCUGGUGGCGCCCACAGGGUUGUCCGUGGUCCCCAAGACCGCAGUGCUAAAGAAUGAACUAGACUCGCUUGUCCCCUCUUGAGGACCGGGCGGACGGGGCUUCUGCCUCCAGGGAGGCCGUCGCCUUGACAGGGCGGGCAGGAUGUGCUGCGCUUAGCUGUUGCCAAGACACAAGACUUCCGUCCCUCCUUCCACGGUGCAGGCAGCUCAGCAGAGGCAUCGGUGGCCAAGUCCGGUCACGUCUGGAAUUGAGAUGGAGGCGCCGCGGGCGUUCCUUAAUGUUGAAAGGGGCGGGAUGGGGCAUCCUUUGAAGAGGGCCCGGAGGGAGCCCCGAGUGGCACUGACAGGGAAGGAGGCGCGUGCCGGCCCUUGAGCCCUGCCCUUAGGAUGGGGACAGGAGUGUCUUGAGCCCUGCACUUAGGGUGGGGACCGGAGUGGGGUCUGUGCUGCAGGAGUCCGGAGCUACCAGCCCGUGGGGUCGCGGUCUGCUUUUCCUUUAUGUUUUCCUGUCUCGUUUGUUGUUGGGUUCUCAAAGCCUGGCCUGGCGGUGUGCGGAAAGUCAGGCUUCCCUCCCCACGCGGGCGGGCCUCUGCCCUGGCGUCUGCACGGUGCCCCUGGGGAGACUGCUGCGGCACUCCUGUCACUGCCAGCAGUGGAAUUUGGCCCGGAGAGGGCGGAAGGAAAGCGAGCCUCCCUGCUUCCCUUUCCCAAGGUGGGAACUCGCGGCUGCCUUCACACCUCCUUCCCGCGGGAGCAGCCCGUGCUGGGAGGAAGGGCACGGCCCUGGCCCCAGGCCUGGCGAGGCAGGUGCCCACAGAUGCCCUGCCGCCUCCCCGCCUUGCCCUUCGCCUUCCUUCCCGACACGUCACUCUGUGUGGUGCCAGCGGAGGGGACAGGCGGCCUCCCCUGCAGACCAGAGAGCCUGGACUCCCCCAGAACUCGCACCCCACACCCCACGCCUUUCUGUAGAGCGACCGCGAAAGCCUGCGCGCCUGCCGACCCUCCUGUGCGCCCUCGGUCUCCUUCCUGUGCGCUGGGGGAGGGAAGGCUUGGAGCUGAGGUUGUAAUCUUGUGCCAACCAAUAAAAUGCAGUAUUUCACACACA